AUGGCAGUAAUAUUUUGCCUUGGACAAAACCUGCUGUCUGCUGAGGCUGAGCUUCAGCAUGAGAAUAACAGUAAUAGUUUAAUUGCCUUUGAGCAAUCCAACAAUCAGUCAGUCAGCAAAGAUAACAUUGUUGAAUCUGCACUGACUCCUACUGAGAAGCUUGCUGUGCUGGAUAGAAUUCUUCCCAAUGUUCCUCAAUCAUUCAACAUUGUCACUUAUGUUAACAGAUCAAAAACUCUGCAGGAGCUCAUCAAGCUUGGUGUCAACAUCAGCAAAUAUGAUGAAGAUACUGAGAAAGCCUCUUAUGUUCUUCUUCUGGACUUUGAAAAGGACAUCAAACCUCAUCUAUUGUGGCUUGCUGUGCUGGAUAGAAUUCUUCCCAAUGUUCCUCAAUCAUUCAACAUUGUCACUUAUGUUAACAGAUCAAAAACUCUGCAGGAGCUCAUCAAGCUUGGUGUCAACAUCAGCAAAUAUGAUGAAGAUACUGAGAAAGCCUCUUAUGUUCUUCUUCUGGACUUUGAAAAGGACAUCAAACCUCAUCUAUUUUUUCUUCAUCAAGUGGGUGUGCCAGUGGAGAAAUGGGCUCGAAUUCUCACCAUUAAUCCCUAUCUUCUCAAAGAAGACCUGGACGUUCUUCACUCUAGAAUCCAGUACUUAGUAGCCAAGAAGUUCACACCACAAUCUAUAGCAACUGUUGCAGCAUUUCCAAUUUGGUUAUCCCAUUCAAUCGAGAGUAUUGACAGCAAGUUGGGUUUCCUUCAAAAAGAAUUUCAUCUUUCUGGCGCUCAGGUUCGCGCAGUAGCAACGAGGCUGCCCAGAAUUGUCUUCUAUAAUCAAAUGAAAGUCAGGCGAGUGAAGUACAUCCUGAGUGAUGAAUUCGGCUUUUCAAGAGAACAGCGAGCGCAGCUUCUGGUUGAAAAUCCCCGCAUCUAUCAUUUAUGCGCUUAUCAGACUACAGACAAACUGAGAUUAAUCACCAAGAAAAUGCUGAUCCCAGUGGAUAUGAUCGUAAAGUGCAAUAAAAUUCUGACGUGCAGACUUCACAUCCUUGAUAACCGGCAUUUCUUUCUCAAAUCUCUGGAUCGAGCUCAGUACAACCCAACUCUUCCACGCUACGUGAGCCCUGAGUUGCUUGCCACACUCCCCGAUGCCGAUUUUGUAUCUUCACUAGCCAAGUCCACUAUGGAAGCUUAUCACAUGUACCUUAAAACACUGUGAAAAUAAAACACUGAUGUA